UGAUGUUUAGAGAGGCGGGACUUCCUGAGAGGGUUACGUUCUGUUCCCGUGCGGCGUGUUGGUGGUUGGCUAACAGCCUUGUUACUAUAAGCCUUAUUUGUUGGUUUCUGACCGCUAGAGAUGGCUGGCCAGGAGCUCCGUCUGAAUCACACCAUUUACAUCAACAACUUGAAUGAGAAAAUCAAGAAAGAUGAAUUAAAGAAAUCCCUUUAUGCCAUUUUCUCCCAGUUUGGGCAAAUCCUGGACAUCCUUGUGUCCCGCACUCUGAAGAUGAGGGGUCAGGCUUUCGUCAUUUUCAAAGAGGUCAACAGUGCCUCCAACGCUCUGAGAUCUAUGCAGGGUUUCCCAUUUUAUGAUAAACCCAUGCGCAUUCAGUAUGCCAAGCAAGACUCUGACAUUAUCGCGAAGAUGAAGGGAACGUAUGUGGAGCGGGAUCGUAAGAAGGAGAAGAGGAAGCCUAAAAGUACUGAAGCCGGUGCAUCAAAGAAGGGUGUGCCAGCUGCUGCCCCUGGCAUGGCUGGAGUUCCUGCUGCUAUGCCGGGAAUGCCUCCUAUGAGUCAGGCUCCUCGUAUGAUGCCAAUGCCAGGCCAGCCUCCUUACAUGCCUCCUCCUGGUAUGAUGCCACCACCUGGUAUGGGUCCUGGACAGAUGCCCCCAGGUGCUAUGCCUCCUGGUCAGAUGAUGCCAGGGCAAAUGCCUGGCCAGAUGCCUCAGCAGGUUUCGGAGAACCCACCCAACCAUAUCCUGUUCCUCACCAACCUGCCAGAGGAGACAAACGAGCUUAUGCUCUCCAUGCUGUUCAACCAGUUCCCAGGGUUCAAAGAGGUGCGUCUUGUUCCUGGUCGUCACGAUAUCGCCUUCGUGGAGUUCGAUAACGAGGUGCAGGCAGGAGCUGCCAGGGAAGCACUACAGGGCUUCAAGAUCACUCAGACCAACGCCAUGAAGAUCUCCUUCGCCAAGAAAUAACCCACACUGUCCUGAAUCCAGAUCAGAACUCUACAGGAACAUCCUAUCUGAGCUGCCUUCUUAUCUUCUGAGCCCUGCAUCUGUGUGAGGAGAUGCAGGGUCCAGAAGUGUGAGCAGGGCUGUUCAUCAACUGUUUAAUCACAUUCAGGGUCAAGAAUCUGAUAAAUUCCGGUUAUUAAUGGUAAUGUCAGUGUUGUACAUAAGAACAGUCAUUAUUAUAAGUUGAGUGAAAGGUAAGGACUCUUGAAUGCCCUCAGCACGAGUUGUUUAUAGUUUGGAAUGUGUUUCCCUCCCUGUUCCACUCCGUUAUCAGGAGGAUUGGCCGGAGUUUGUAAGUAGCUUUUGUUUUAUACAUGAUUUUUUUGCUUUUGUGUUAAAGCAUUGCACCCAGAGUCUGGAUCCACCAGACAUCAUACCUGGAGCUUUUGUUUUAAUUAAAGACGUUCUUACAAAAACACA